GUCCACUCGAUUCUCAUCAGCCGCUUUAUCAGAGAAGGGGAGGGCUCCAAGCGCAAGCACUCGGCGGGGCGGGGGACAGGGGUAAAGGCGAGUGGCGAGGACGGGGAGGCUGCCAGCAGCCCAGCCCAUGUGCCUGGCCUCCCGCGCCCCUGACUUCACCUGAUAACAAACCAGAAACUGAAACAGGGUCGGGAUUCCCGGCGUGAAGUCAGAGAUGAGUCACAGCUCAGAGUGACUGCAGUAGCAGAGAAGUGGCACCAGAGAGGCAGACGUGAGCCGAAGGCAGCAGAGGCAGGCAGCACGUCUGAGGGUCCCAGUGAAGCAUGGCAAGCAACGUGGAGGUGGUGGCCAUGGACUGCGAGAUGGUGGGGCUGGGGCCCGGCCGGGAGAGCGGCUUGGCUCGCUGCAGCCUCGUGGACGUCCACGGCACUGUGCUCUACGACGAGUUCAUCCGGCCCGAGGGGGAGAUCACUGAUUACAGGACCCCGGUCAGCGGGAUCACGCCUUGGCACAUGGAGGCGGCCAGGCCAUUCGCCGUGGCCAGGCGGAAGAUCCUGCAGCUGCUGAGAGGCAAGCUGGUGGUGGGCCACGACCUGAAGCACGACUUCCAGGCGCUGAAAGAGAACAUGAGCAACUACUCCGUCUACGACACGUCCACCGACAAGCUGCUGCAGUGGGAAGCCAACCUGCUGUCCCACAAGCAGGUGUCCCUCCGGGUGCUCAGCGAGCGCCUUCUCGGCCGCCGCAUCCAGGAAUACUCUACUCUGAAGCAAGGACUCAAGGAGUUUUGACAAACGCCCGUAUACCCAUAUAUAUCCAGAUAACCCACUCCUCUGGACGUGUGAACGUUUUCAGUGUUCCAGAAAAUUCCCUCAUCCUCCCUUCCCAGGAAGACCCCGUCUCCAGCAACCACUGUGCUAAUGUCUACCUCCGUGAGUAGUUUUGCUGGUUCUAGAAUGUCCUGUAACUGGAAGCAAACAGUAGACAGCCCUUCGCGCCGCACGGUAUUUUAGAGAUUCACCCCCGUGUUGCGUGUCUC